AUGUUUAAAAUCCGAAUAGAUGGCGGAAAAAGUGGUCAGAAUGCCGGGGUCAGAAUAUGGAUUAUUAAAUCAUAUGUAAUUUUAGAGAAAGAGAAAAUGGGACAGAAGCGGGACUUUACAGAGAGACUAAAGAGAGGACCAGGCAGAUCGUCAAAGAAGCAAAAACCGCCUCAGAUGCCUGUUCAAUUUCGUAAAGAUGAAGAUGAAGCACCUAAAAACCUUUCCAGUAGAGCCAAAAAGAGGAUGAAGAAUCGUUUAAAGAAGAAAGCCUCACUUGAAGCAGGAAAAGCCAAGAAGCCAAUUAAGAAUGUAGUAGACCUUGGCAGUGGAGGAGAGAAGAGUGAUAGUGAUUUAAGUGCUUUUUCCUCUGAUGAUGAAGAUCUAUUCCCUGACCAUGAUGAAGUAGAAGCUCCAUUGGGUGAAUCUGACAGUGAUGCAGUUGAAAGUGAUGAGGAAGAUGUUAGUGGAGAGGAGGAGGUUGAAGACAGUGAUGAGACAGAAGAAGCACAAGGGCCUGCUAAGAAAAAGUCCAUACAGAAAGGAUAUUCUGAUGACAACAAGUCUUGGUUGACACCUUCCAAGAAAUCCAGUUUGCCUAUGGAUGAUGAUGAGUCUGAGGAUGAAGAUGAAAGUACGGAUGAUGAAGAUGAUGACAUGAAAGAUGACUUUAGUGACAAAGAGGAGAGUUCCAAUUCAGAGGACAGUGAUGAAUCAACUGAUGGAGACAAUGAUGAGGAUGGCGACGAUGAUGAAAAGCUGCUCCCCAUAGAGAAGGCCACUAAAAGACUGAGAAAGAAGCAGAAGGAAGAUGAUAAACUGGCAGAGGAAGAGCUCCAGACCAACAUUGCAGAGACUGAGACAUUUAUUCUCCCCAGUGGACAGGAAAUUGAAAAAGAGUUGGUGCAAGCUGCAGAUCUGACACUGGUGCAACAGAGGAUCAAAGAUGUCAAGGGGGUCCUUGGAGACUUCACCAACAGGCGGCAAGAUGGCAGGUCUAGGAAGGAGUAUCUGAGACAAUUAAGAAAGGACCUAUGUACUUACUACAGCUACAAUGACUAUCUAAUGGGAGAGCUCAUGGAACUAUUUCCUAAUGAGAUUGUUGAUUUCCUUGAGUCUAAUGAAGUCCAAAGACCAGUCACCAUAAGAACCAACACAUUGAAGACUCGCAGGCGGGACCUGGCACAGGCAUUGAUCAAUCGUGGAGUGAACCUGGAUCCCAUAGGCAAGUGGUCAAAGGUUGGCCUUGUGGUGUAUGAUGCACAAGUUCCCUUAGGUGCCACCCCAGAAUACCUAGCAGGACACUACCUUCUACAGGGGGGCUCCAGCUUUCUCCCAGUGAUGGCUCUAGCCCCACAGGAGAAUGAGAAGCUACUUGACAUGUCUGCAGCUCCAGGGGGGAAGACAACAUAUGCAGCUGCUUUAAUGAGAAACACGGGUCUAAUAUUUGCGAAUGAUGCCAAUGAAGACAGAGCCAAGGCCAUAGUGGGCAACAUACACAGAAUGGGUAUUACCAACACUGUAGUGACCACAUAUGAUGGGAGGAAAUUUCCCAAGGUAAUGAGGAACUUUGACCGUGUGUUGCUAGAUGCACCAUGCAGUGGUACAGGUGUUAUAUCAAAAGACCAGGCAGUCAAAAUUAACAAGGAUGAAAAAGACAUUGCCAGAUGUGCCCAUCUACAGAAGGAGCUGCUCCUAGCUGCUAUUGACUGUUGUGAUGCCAAGUCUAAGACUGGAGGAUACAUCAUCUAUUCUACAUGCUCUGUUAUGUACCAGGAGAAUGAAGAUGUUAUUGAGUAUGCCUUGAAGAAACGCAAUGUUAAAUUGGUGUCUACAGAGCUGGACUUUGGCAGGGAGGGAUUCACUAAGAUGCAAGGCAAGAGGUUCCACCAGAACAUGAAGUUGACUCGCAGAUUCUACCCUCAUGCACAUAACAUGGAUGGCUUCUUCGUGGCUAAACUGAAGAAAUUCUCCAACAAAAUCCCUGGACAAGAAUCUGCAGGAGCAGAGGAAGAGAGCAUUGACACAGAGGAUAAGAAGGAAUCUGAUGAUGAAACCACAUCAUCGCCUAUAUCCUCCACUACAGAUAAAGCACAACAGAAAGGACAGAAAAAUAAAAAUAAUCAAAGAGAUAAUUCAAAACCAAGAAGUAAUCCCAAGAAACGCAAAAUAAUUGAAAGUGAGACUGCCGAUAAGGAAGAGAAUAGUGAGGAUGUUUCAAAAUCUGAGUCAGUUAAAAAACAGAAAAUGAAAAAGUCUCAAUCAUCUCUCUCUCCAAGUGGUAAAUCUAAAGUGAAGAAAGGUUCUACUCCAAGAAAAAAUAAAGGAAAGAUUUUUAAGAGGAAGAAAAAGUAUUAAUAGAGAACUAUCUGAUGUUGGAAUCAGCCUUAAAAUAAGAAUAAGAGAAAAAAAUAAAAUACACAUUUUUGCAUUUGAAUCAUCACCAUUACAUUAGAUAUCAUGGACAUUUCUUGACAUUUUUUUCUUGGCGUUUUUUUUUGGCCCACCCUGUAAAUACAAUUAUAUUUGUAAAGGCAUAGUUGUUCAUCCCUUCUUGCAAGAUUCUACCCUCAAGGUGUCAUCUUGCAUGAUGUCCAAGUAUAAAUACCAUAUGUACAAUAUUAUUAUUUAAAUUACAUUAAAAUAAAGAUGAAUUAGUGAAUAA